AUGAGCUAUCCCGAGAUACCAGACAUUAGCAGACUAAGUGUUGAUACGCGUGGCGCAGAAAUCGUAGACGAUGUUACAGAGGACAAAGAUAGUCGGGGAAUCUAUCUUCCCUUCCAUACAGAGUCUGUAUCCCAUAUUGCCCUAGACAUUGGUGGAAGUCUCGCAAAGUGUGUUUAUUUCUCGCGGACAUCCCGCAGGAGAAGCAGCACAGCGUCUAGUAAGAGCACGAAGAGCACGAAUCGAAACAGUCCCCCACCUCUUCAACCGCCGCCAUCACCUAAACCAAACGGAACGCUAACCCCGAACAUUCUCAAACCAAUCAGCAACGACGCAUGUACCCCUGUGUCUCCAUUGUAUAGCUCUGGCGGUAGUUAUUUUGACGUUCAGAGCAGCUCUCACUCCGACAGCGCGAAGAUCAGACCGGGAUUCGGCAGUCACGGCCGAUCGAAAUCUAAACACAUACCGGGUGGUCAGCUUAACUUUGUCAAGUUUGAGACUGAGCAUAUAGAAGAGUGUAUUGACUUCUUGCGCAACCUUAUUGAUCAAUCAGCAAAUGUCAAUGAUGUUAGUCUUGAUCAAAUGAGGGCCAGCAUCAAAAUUGUUAUGACCGGAGGCGGUGCCCACAAGCUUGGAGAUGUUUUUGAAGACCAGCUCAAGACUGCUGUAGCAAAAGAGGAGGAAAUGGAAUGUCUGAUAACUGGCUUACAGUUUAUUACAACUAUUCCCAAGGAGGUCUUUUGGUACUCUGAUGAGUUGGUGUACUCAGUCAGUCACAAGAAGCAGAAGAAAACUAUAUUACCCCAAGAGGAACUUCCAAGGCCAUCGCCGAACCCGCCCCAGUUUAGCGUCAGCUUCGACAAACCGACUGAGUUUGAGUAUCCUUGUCUGCUUGUCAACAUCGGAUCAGGGGUGUCUAUUAUCAAAGUGAACUCCGACGGCUCCUUCGAGCGUGUCUCUGGAACCUCUCUUGGUGGGGGAACACUUUGGGGUUUAUUGUCGCUCCUCACGCCAGCCACGUCGUUUGAUGAGAUGUUAGCGUUGUCAGAAACAGGAGAUAACAACUCAGUAGAUAUGCUCGUAGGCGAUAUUUACGGUAGCGAUUACGGAAAAAUUGGUUUAAAGGCGACGACAAUCGCUUCAUCAUUCGGUAAGGUUUUCAAGAAAGGCGAUAACAAUCGCAAGAAAGAAUUCAAGCCUGAAGACAUCAGUAAAAGUAUGUUGUUCAUGAUCAGCAACAAUAUUGGUCACAUUGCGUACAUGCAAGCAGAGAAACAUAACGUGGAUAGAAUCUAUUUUGGAGGGUGUUUCAUUAGAGGACACGCUGCUACGAUCUCAACCCUCAGCUAUGCUAUCCGUUUUUGGAGCAAAGGUACGAAAAGGGCCAUGUUCCUUCGUCAUGAGGGCUUCUUAGGUAGUCUUGGUGCUUGGAUAAAGAACAUAGACGAAGAGCACUACUGA